AUGGUGCUGCACUGGUGGCAGAGACAGAACAGCCAGGCAAAGCCGGUCUUUACGGCGCUGCGCUGCACUGGUUGCAGAGACAAAACAGCCUCUCAGCCGGGCUCAACCGGUCGUUACGGCACUGCGCUGGUGGCAGAGACAAAACAGCCUCUCAGCCGGUCUUUACGGUGCUGUGCUGCAGUGGUGGCAGAGACAGAACAUCCUCUCAGCCGUUCUUUACGGUGCAGUGCUGCACUGGUGGCAGAGACAGAACAGCCUCUCAGCCGGGCUCAACCGGUCUUUACGGUGCUGCGCUGCACUGGUGGCAGAGACAGAACAGCCUCUCAGCCUAGCUCAACCGGUCUUUACGGUGCUGCGCUGCACUGGUGGCAGAGACAGAACAGCCUCUCAGCCGGGCUCAACUGGUUUUUACGCCACUGGACUGGAGGCAGAGACAGAACAACCUCUCAGCCGGGCUCAACUGGUUUUUACGCCACUGGACUGGAGGCAGAGACAGAACAACCUCUCAGCCGGGCUCAACUGGUUUUUACGCCACUGGACUGGAGGCAGAGACAGAACAACCUCUCAGCCGGGCUCAACUGUUUUUUACGCCACUGGACUGGAGGCAGAGACAGAACAACCUCUCAGCCGGGCUCAACCGGUUUAUACGGCGCUGCACUGGAGGCAGAGACAGAAAAGCCUCUUAACCGGGCUCAUCCUGUGGUAAUGGCGCUGCGCUGUGCUGGUGGCAAAGACGGAACAGCCUCUCAGCCGGGCUCAACCAGUCUUUACAGCGCUGCGCUGCACUGGUGGCAAAGACGGAACAGCCUCUCAGCCGGUCUUUACGGUGCUGUGCUGCACUGGUGGCAGAGACAGAACAACCUCUCAGCUGGGCUCAACCGGUCUUUACGGCUCUGUGCUGGUGGCAGAGACAGAACAACCUCUCAGCUGGGCUCAACCGGUCUUUACGGCUCUGUGCUGGUGGCAGAGACAGAACAGGCUCUCAGCUGGGCUCAACCGGUCUUUACGGCUCUGCACUGGUGGCAGAAACAGCCUCUCAGCCGGACUCAACCGGUUUUACAGCGCUGCGCUGGUGGCAGAGACAGAACAGCCUCUCAGCCGGACUCAACCGGUUUUACAGCGCUGCGCUGGUGGCAGAGACAGAAUAACCAGCAGUAUUCCCCUUGGUCCUGGUCUCGACACUUCGAUGAAGACAGACGCCUCCCCGUCCCCCCAGCUAGGAACAUGAAGGGCUUAUCGGGUGGUCGCUCCCAGCACCAGAUCCCCUCGCCCCACGGGCUGGACCAGUUCGACUACCCUCAAGACAUCCAUGGCAUGGGCUACCAUGGUGGUGCCUCCGACUCGCGCCACACCUCCUACCUGCUCAGCCCCACUGAGAGCUGCCCCAUGGACUACCAUCACCGCUACUCACCGCGCAGCUCCAUUCACUCCGACUGCAUGAUGAUGUCCCCCGUCAUGAUGGCGCCCUCGUCAGUCGGCAUUGGCCCCAUCGACCACGUUUCCAGCAGCACCUUCCCCAGAAUGCACUACAGCUCCCCGUACUACGACUCGGCCACGCGGGACGACUGCGCCACCAUCACCGCCUCCGCCACCUCCCAUGCCGCUGCUGCCACCGCCGCUUCCGCCUUGCAGUACCAGGGCAGCGGCAAGAGCAACCGCAUCCCGGCCAACCUGCUGGACCAGUUUGAGAAGCAGCUGCCCCUGCACCACGAUGGCUUCCACACGCUGCAGUACCAGAGGGCGUCCACCACCACCAUGGAGCAGCGCAGCGAGAGCCCCGGACGCAUCCGCCACCUGGUCCACUCCGUCCAGAAGCUUUUCACGAAGUCCCAUUCUCUGGAGGGAUCGUCCAAGAUGAACGGCACCAAGGGUGAAGGAGGAGGAGGGGGACACCACGGCGGCUCCCAACACAGCCACCACGGAGGCUCCCAACACAGCCACCACGGAGGCUCCAAGCACGGCAGCAAGCGGAGCAAGAGCAAAGAGCGCAAGGCGCACCGCUCGGGGGGUGCGGGAGGCUUCUGGAGCUCUGACGACAACCUGGACAGCGACAGCACCUACCGCACGCCCAGCGUCAUGAGCCGUCACCACGGUGACUACGCCUAUGCUGCCCACUGCUACCCGGACUCCAUGCACCACAGUCACUUUGGGGACUUGUCCCUCAAGACCUCCAAGAGCAACAACGACGUCAAGUGCUCGGCGUGCGAGAGCAUGGCCAUGGCUCCGGAGGGGAAGUUUAUGAAGAGGAGUUCCUGGUCCACGCUGACUGUCAGCCAGGCCAAGGAAGCUUACAGGAAGUCCUCCCUUAACCUGGAUAAACCCAUGAUGCACACAGACCUCAAGCCCUCACUACGGGCCUGUCACUACCUGCAGGUGCCUCAGGAUGAGUGGAGUGGAUACCCGGAGGACGGGGACAAGGACGAGGAGAUCCCGUGUCGGCGGAUGCGCAGCAGCAGCUACGUGAAAGCCAUGGGAGAGGUAGACAACGACUCUGGUGGCGAAUCUGACGGCAGCCCCAAGACCUCACCCCAGAAGGCCAUCCGACCCGACGCCCUCGUCCUCAAAUCAGUUAUGCAGAGGCCCCAAAUAGACCCCCAAAGCCAGAGCUACCACUUGCAAACCACCCGAGACAUGAUGCGGCCCCAUCCCAGUGUCACCCUGGACCCAGCCUCCAACUACCCCCAACACCAUGUACCCCUGGGACCUCAGUUCCGCUCCCGGAACCAGAGCUACAUGCGGGCUGUCAGCACCCUCAGUCAGGCAAGCUGCGUCAGCCAGGUGAGUGAGACUGAGGUCAAUGGCCAGUUUGAGUCAGUUUGCGAGUCCGUUUUUAGCGAAGUAGAAUCCCAGGCCAUGGAGGCAUUGGACCUGCCUGGCUCGUUCCGCACUCGAAGCCACAGUUACCUGCGUGCAAUUCAGGCUGGGUAUUCCCAAGACGACGACUGCUUGCCUUCAAUGACAUCCUCCACUGUCACUUCAACUCUCAGAUCCACAACAGCUGUGAGUUUUUCUGGCUAUAAGUCGAAGACGUCCCCGCCGGCGCCACCUCGCGCCACCUCCAAGCCCCUCAUCUCUGUGACGGCCCAGAGCAGCACAGAGUCCACUCAGGACGCCUACCACGAGGGGAGGCACCAGCGGGGGAGCAUCCUGUGGGCGCCAGACGGUCUGGGCGGCUCGAGUCGAACCCUCUACAACUCCACCGACAGCCUGGACAAUGCCAAGGUGGUGACGCUGGCCAUGGAGAUGGCAGGGGGCAAGUGGCACGCCUCCUCGGGCAGCCACAGCUCAGUGCAGACGUGUGACAAGGCAGUGUUGGUGUCCAAGGCUGAGGAAUACCUCAAAACGCCACGCUCCUCCAUCGGGAUACAGGUGGAGACAGCGACGGACUCAGAUUCGGAGGGUAAAGGUCUUCCUCAGUACCAUUCUGUGGGCACCCAGGUGGAGGAUGACAAACGGCAUGGCAGGUUCAAGCGCUCCAACAGCGUGACGACAGCCGUACAAGCUGACAUGGAACUAGAGGGCUUCCCCACCAUGGAGGACAAGGGCCUGCAGUUUGGAGGGGGCUUGGGUUUCCGAGGGGGCCACUCGGAGCCCAGCACGCCCACCCAGUACGGGGCCGUCCGCACCGUCCGCACCCAGGGCCUCUUCAGCUACCGGGAGGACUACCAGCGCUCCUCCAGCGGUCCUCCCAGUCCGCAGCCCGAGUCGUGGCUGACAGAGCCCUCUCUCGAGGGGGCUGAGAUGGUUCGGGUGUCCCCCCUCCGCAGGGAUGGCAGCUGGUUCAUGCAGCUCCUCCAUAAUGAAACUAAGAGGAUGGAGGGAUGGUGUAAAGACAUGGAGAGGGAGGCGGAGGAGCAUGACCUGUCGGAGGAGAUCCUAGGGAAAAUCCGGAGUGCAGUGGGCAGUGCACAACUCCUCAUGUCUCAAAAAUUCCAGCAGUUGUACUGGUUGUGCCAGCAGAACCUUGACCCCAGCGCCAUGCCCCGCCCCACUUCUCAGGACCUGGCCGGAUUCUGGGACCUGCUGCAGCUCUCCAUCGACGACGUCACUGCCAAGUUUGACGAGCUGCAGCAGAUCAAGAGCAAUGAGUGGAGGCUCGUGGAGAGCCCAGAGAAGAAGACGCCAUUACAGGAGAGGAAGUGGCCUCCCCCGCUGCCAAAGAGGCCUCCGAAGGGGCGUGGCAGCGUGAUGCGGGAGCGCUCUCUGGACCUGCAGGACCGCCAGCGUCAGGAGGCCAGGCGUCGUCUUCUGGCUGCGAAGCGGGCGGCUUCCUUCAGACAGAACUCAGCCACGGAGCGAGCGGACAGCAUCGAGAUCUACAUCCCCGAGGCCCAGACCCGCCUUUGA